AUGGCCGCAGCGUGUGGCUGUCGCUCUCUUCUCUCGAGAGAUAUGCCGCGACGCUUUCCCAUGUGUGUUGCUUCGGGGACAAUGUGCCAGCGGCUGUGCGAUUGCCGGAUGGAGGGAGAGGUGUGGAGGGAAUUGCGUGAGCGCCGCUGUCAGGAGUCGCGCUGGGCGUCUUGCCGCGGAGGGCAUUGCCCACCCAACGCAGCACCGCCCUGUCGGGCACCCUCUAUCACUCCGCAGCAUCGUAGUCGACGCCACCAGCACACGGCGAGGCAGCGGAUGCCACCACCGCCACGAGUGCGACCGGAAGGAGACACGUCCGCUGUUGCGUUCCGAGGAGUCACAUCGUGUGGCACAGCGGCGUGCCCAAAACCUCCUCGCGGACUCCGCACACGACACCGGGCAGUGGACGCUGAGUGUUUGCGUCGUGGAGGACACCGCGGUGGAAUCCCUCCUUUCCUCCGGGUGGACGGUCGGCUGAUUUUCCUCUCGUUCUUACCCAUGAGGGUUUAUUUUUUCUUUUUUAGCUUAAGAACUCUUGCUGUGUUGGGGCGCGGCUUUGGAAAACCCAUCACCUUUGAUGGUGGGCCUGUGCUUCCGUUCGGUUUCUCCCCUUUACCACAUUGUCGCUUUUUAAAUAUUUUGUGA